AUGUCUGUAUUUGUUGUAUUGUUGCAGGAUGGGAAUGAAGUGUUCUUCAGAAUUAAACGAAGCACCCAACUCCGCAAACUCAUGACUGCUUACUGUGAUCGACAGUCAGUAGAGUUAAACUCAAUUGCUUUCUUGUUUGAUGGGCGCAGGCUCCGCGGAGAGCAGACGCCAGAUGAGCUUGAGAUGGAGGAUGGAGACGAAAUUGAUGCAAUGCUCCAUCAGACUGGAGGCGGACGUUAAAUGCAACUUGGACUAAAUGGAGAGCCUCGGUAGACUUGACGUCAAGUUUCAUUUGCUACGUCUAUGGAUAUAUCUUAUGUAAAUGACAUGGAUUUUCUAAUGAGCUUGAACGAAAGUUGGUCGGGGUUUUUUUAUUAAUGAUGUCCGUAUUAGCCUAUUGUAUUAUAUCAUAUCAUAUCCAUCGAUUAUGAUGGUUUUGUUUGCUACUAUAUGGGAGAAUGAUGUUCUUCAGUAUUCACCCUACGGAAUUUCGGUUUUCUGUUUUAUAAUUUCUUUUAGUUAUGUGUGGUACGUUUCUGAAUAUAUAUGCAUGGGUAUAUGGUUUUAUUCUUACAAGAGUAA